AUGACCAGUCCUAAUAUUGAUUGCUUGACCUGUGUCCAUAUCAGCCGAGAAUCUUACACCACCAACCCUUCCCUUACUCUUUCUCUGCUCAGUUCGUCCGGCCGUUCGAAAUCAACUCGGCCAGAGUCACAAUCUCUAGAUAAUGAAGCUUUAAUCUGGACAAUCUUGGGCACCGACGCUGUCAAGCGCACGCACACGUACGCACAAACAAGCACAACUGUUUAUUUUCUAUCUCGCUAUACAGAUAUACCGCCACGCCUAAACCAACAGCUAACCAUCUAUCUAUCUAUCUAUCUAUCUAUCUAUCUAUCUAUCUAUCUAUCUAUCUAUCUAUCCUGUUCUGUUCAUUAUCUAUCUAUCUAUCUAUCUAUCUAUCUAUCUAUCUAUCUAUCUAUCUAUCUAUCUAUCUAUCCUAUUCUGUUCAUUAUCUAUCUAUCUAUCUAUCUAUCUUAUUCUGUUCAUUAUCUAUCUAUCUAUCUAUCUAUCUAUUUCAGAAAACGAAAAAGGAGAGGCAAUAAUCUGUUCAUUAUCUAUCUAUCUAUCUAUCCUAUUCUGUUCAUUAUCUAUCUAUCUAUCUAUCUAUCUAUCUAUCUAUCUAUCAAUCUAUCUAUCUAUCCUAUUCUGUUCAUUAUCUAUCUAUCUAUCUAUCUAUCUAUCUUAUUCUGUUCAUUAUCUAUCUAUCUAUCUAUUUCAGUCUGGUCAUAUAUCUGUUGGAGGUGCUAA